AUUUAACAUUUAGCCGCGGAAGUAGUGAAGACAACAAAAAGCUGGAGGAGGCGUCACGUUCAGGAAAGCUACACUUAACUAAAAUAUAACUACAAGCGUUCAUAUUUGUAAAACAUGUCUGGGACUUCAUCGGUGGCUGGCGAAGUAUUUGUAGAUGCUCUACCAUAUUUUGAUCAAGGUUAUGAUGCGGCUGGUGUCAGAGAAGCGGCUGCAGCGUUAGUAGAGGAGGAAACAAGGAGAUACAGACCCACCAAGAACUACCUAAGUUAUUUACCCACACCUGACUUUUCUACGUUUGAGACUGAAAUCAUGAGAAAUGAGUUUGAAAGACUAGCAGCUCGACAGCCUCUGGAACUUCUCAGCAUGAAGAGAUACGAGCUCCCAGCCCCCUCGUCAGGGCAGAAGAAUGACAUCACAGCGUGGCAGGAGUGUGUUAACAACUCGAUGGCCCAGCUUGAGCAUCAAGCCGUGCGCAUUGAGAACCUGGAGCUGAUGUCACAAUACGGCACCAAUGCAUGGAAGGUCUACAACGAUAACCUCGCCUUUAUGAUUGAGAUGGCUCAAAAGGAACUACAGAAAUUCAGAAAGCAGAUUCAGGACAUAAAUUGGCAGCGAAAGAAUGAUCAGCUUGCAGGAGGUGGCAAACUCAGAGAGCUGGAGUCCAACUGGGUAUCUCUGGUCAGUAAGAACUAUGAGAUUGAGCGUGCCAUCAUUCACUUGGAGAACGAAGUUUCACAACUCAAAAACCAGCAGGGAGACGAAAACAAAGAGAACAUUCGGCAAGACUUUUAGAACACAGGAGUGGGUAUCCUGGGGUUGGAACCUUGGGCAUCACAAACCAGCAACAAAAUAACUUGAAAAAGUUUGUAGUUUCUUUAGUUUGGCAUGUCAAGAAUCUAAAAAGAGGCAGCGAUUUUGUUUGGACAAAUCCUCUUUCAUUGUCAAUGUUCCUUUCGAAUGGUCUUUUCUGAGUCACGGCUCUGGAGUGUGUUCAUUUUGGGCAAUUUCAAAGGCAUGUUGUCAUAAAGUUGACAGCAUUCUGCAUAACCAAACAGCAGUCUACUAGUUCAAUACAGUCAUGUCAACAAAUACAGAUACAAGUUUAAAUAGUUUCAUUUCUAUUAAAAUGAUAUACUGUGUUGUCAUUUUCAUUUAGAUUGAAGGAGGAGACCACAGCUGUCCCCCACCAUUAUUUGUUAAUUUUUAUACAAAUAUAACUCUUUUCAAAUAAAAGUUUUUUACACAAGUA